GUGAGUGAGGUGGUCACAUGCAUAGAGAUUGCAAUAAGACAAAGUCAACCAUCACCCAUGUAAAUAGAAAGAAAGAGCAAAAAAAUAAAAAUAAAUACUAUACCAUAAUAAUAAAAAAAUUGAAAAGGAACUUUCAGUUGAAUAUUCUUUUCUAGCAAACACAUAUGAACCUUCCCAAAUUAAUCACUUUGAAUUGCCCAAAAUAUUCGUUGACCUGAAAAACUUGGAGAUCUAAUUUAGUUGAACUCGCUUUAACAUUUCUACACAAACAGAAAAUUAAACUGAAGUGAUGAGGGGAAAGAAGAAAGAAAGGAUAUGAUCAAAUUAUAGAGCUACAAUCUAAACAGGGAAAGGCACUCAAAAGAUGGAAGUCAAUCAGGAAAUUGAGAGACAAACCGAUGUUUCAAUCGAGAUAGAAGAUGUUGAUACAGAAAAUCUGGAUAUGGUAAGAGAAGCCGAGGCAUUGAUUCCCAUUAAACCACCACACGAUCCAGUUGUGACUUCCAUAAGAGAAAUGUUAGAAGGUGUGGCUCCUCUGUCACCUGACUGUUCUAUCUACAAAGUUCCAGAGAAACUGCAAAAAGUAAAUGGAGAAGCCUACACUCCUCGGGUAGUAUCAAUUGGCCCUCUUCACCAUGGUCAAAAAAGCUUGCAAGCUAUGGAAGAGCAUAAAUUGAGGUACCUACAGAGCUUUCUUAGCCGGACAAUAUUGAUCUUGGAAGAUAUUGUUAGGGAUGUGAGGAUGUGGGAAGAAAGAGCGCGCCGCUGCUAUGCAGAAGCCAUUGAGCUAAGCAGUGAUGACUUUGUGAAAAUGAUACUAGUAGAUGCCAGUUUCAUCGUUGAGGUUCUCUUGAGGUCUUAUUUUCCUCAAUUUAUAGAGGGGAGUGAUCGCAUAUUUCAUAAACCUUGCAUGAUAGAUGAUAUAGGGCGCGAUAUGUUAUUGCUUGAUAAUCAGCUACCUUUCUUUGUUCUUGAGGGUUUCCUCACCCUAGUCUUUGUUUCUGACGGAGAAACAUUCCCGUCCAUCCUUGAUCUCACCCAUCAACACUUCAAGAAUUUAUUGAAUAUUGGUACAUUUCCCAACACAAUUUCCAGCACUGAAGUAAAGCAUUUUCUUGAUUUCUUACGAUUUUGCUACCUGCCUUUGUCACCAAGAGUAUGGCAAAAAAGUAGCCGGAUGGAUAGAUUCUCUCCGAGUGCAUCAAGUCUUCACGAUGCUGGAAUUAAGUUUAAGGUUGGGACAGGAAGAUGUUUACUUGACAUUAAGUUUGCUAAUGGAGUCAUUGAAAUUCCUCAUCUCGAGAUAGAUGACCUGACAGAGAUCUUGUUCCGAAAUCUCAUUGCCUUUGAGCAAUGUCACUAUGCAUAUAAGUACAUCAUACAGUACAUGGCUCUCAUGGAUAGCAUGAUCAACACUCCCAAGGAUGUGGAGUUACUAAUCCACCAUAAAAUUAUUACCAGUAGAUUGGGCAGCAAUGAGGAUAUUUCGACACUAUUCAACAAAAUCUGCAAAGAGGUUGUCCUGGGUCACAAUUUCUAUUUCCUUAGUCUUUGUGAUAACCUGAAUGCAUAUUGCACGACUCCUUGGCAUAAGUGGAAGGCAACUUUGAAACGUGACUAUUUCAAUAAGCCGUGGGCUAUUGUUUCUGUUAUUGCUGCAAUUGUACUCCUCAUACUCACUUUUGUACAAGCCGUCUGUUCUCUCAUAUCUAUAUAGCAUCAUAGCUUCAAACAUCAAAGUUUUAUGCAACUCGAUCUCUAUGAAUAAAAUAGAAGAAAUCAAUUCGUGAAUAUUCUCCAUGCUAAACUUCAAUGGGCUACUUAGUGAACAUUGAUAGAAGAUAUGCCUGUUCUAAACUCCCAUGAUCCUUUGUGAGUGCAUCACCACAUAAACCCCUUUUUAACUCCUUUGGUGAGACCCGAGAUGCCCUUAGGUUAAAGACUGAUCCCACGUAAAAAGAACAUAUUUCCUCUAUAUUUAAGCAACCUGUCCUCGGACCCAACACACCAUAAAUGGCCUUGCAACUCCAGAGCCCUGUCCAACUGUUUCACCCCACUCCAUACCAUCUUCUCCACACCUGAUGUCAAAAUCUUCCCCAUAUAUAAGCAAAAUUUAUCCUCACUACCACUCCCAUAAACCCCACCACGGAGUUCUACUUCAAUAUCUGUCACUCUACCAUAGAGAUAAUACAAUAGAAGUGUGCACAAGCAUUGAGACGAAUGACCCAAUGUCUUUGAUAUUUUCUUCUGCACUGAACUUUCUUUGAUGCCGAGUCUCCUUGUAUCCGAUUUUUUAUCAAGGAGAACAUCCUUGAUCUGAAAAAGCUCUUCUUUCAUUACCUCAAGCUUUGUAACAUGUAAAAGCAACUCUUUUUCAUUUGUUAAGCAUCUAGUAAGGUCAUCGAUCAUCUCAAGUACGUCUUCCCAUUUAUGGGAAGCAGGUGAAUCCCCAACCUUUGCAGGUGCAAGGCACAUCCAUGAGGUGGAGUCGGUGUCAUAUAAAAUAGCAGUGUCUAAGAACUUUAGGCAGCUAGAGACUAUAUGCUGAUCCAUCUUAGUCCCUUUGCUUGGAUGUCAAUUAUUUAAAGAAUCAAUCUCGGAUUUCAGUCUGUUCAGGACCUCCUUAAGUGCCCCUGUCCAUAUCCGGUGCUGCAUAACUUGCGGGCUCCUCUGCUGAGUAAAAUAUUUAAAAAGUUGCACACUUUUGUGAGCGAAUUUACGGUGAUGGGUUCCCUUUCGCUUGGUUUGCUGAAGCGAGGUGGUGGAAUGCAGCGUGCACUUGCCAAUGGAACCAUCAAUUCCUUCUUUAAUGUUGCCUGCAUCGAUGGAGACCGAAGAAAGGCCCUCACGAGCGACUUAAAAAUGUCCAUAUUGUGUUCAAGAUUAUCAUCAAUGUGAAUAGUCAGCAACCUUAACAAGCCUUCCAUCAAUCAAGUCCACUUCUUUUAACAAGUGCGCCAGUUUUGCUAGCUUCAAGAAGGCCUUCUCAUACCCCCAGAAGGUAAAGGCUCUUCAUGGGAUUCUUCUGAGCAGCGAUAGAGCACAGCAGGGGAAUGCAUAGCUCUAUUUUGCUCGGUUCUGAGAUACUUUGAAACACAGAGAAGGUUAUGUACAUGUUUAAAGGCCAUUUAAAUAGUAGCUAAAUAUACCAUAUAAUGUGAAACUGACUUCAUAAACCCAAGUCACUGCUUGCUGCUUAAAACCCUUCUGAGUUCUCUCCAUUUUUUGCCAUAAAACUAAGUCUGCAACAUCAAAACCCAUAUCCAAGAUUAAGAAAUAGGAAUUCUUUGUGACAUUAUAUCAUAUACUUUGUGAGCAUAUUAUUGCAAAACCAACAAUGUGUAUAAUCCCCAACCAUGCCACAGGAAUCACGAAUCAUGCAAGCCAUCUUGAUUUCCAUAACUAAACAGGAUUAGAUAUUUAGAUGUAAUAACAAAAGAGAUUAGGAUGAACCAUUUUCCCAGAACGAUCAUGAUGGGGAAAAGAGAAGUGGUUCUGACUACCAUGGACAAGUAUGGAAUAUGCACAUUGUGGGCUUUAAUUUAAAAGAUUGAGUUGGGGAAUGAUCAACAAUACAUUUUAAAAGUAAUUGAUAGAUAGUAGAAGGAAGAAAUCAGAGGUUUGAAUUAGGUUGAACAAAUUAUGAAGAACACACCCACUCAGCAAAAAAAAAAAAAACAGAAAAGAAAAAGGGUAGCUGAUUUUCAAGUAUCUAAGAUCGAAUAAAGACAUUUCACUCACUUUAUUUAAUAAAGUAGGAAUAUACAUAAGAAUAAAGCCACCUCCACUCACUUUAUUUAAUAAUUUUUAAGAAUAAAGCCACCUCCACUCAAAUAAAGACAUUGUCAUAUAGAUUGCUUAGAAUAAUUUUUAAGAAUAAAGCCACCUCCACUCAAAUAAAGACAUUGUCAUAUACAUUGCUUAGAAUAAUUUUUUAAGAAUAAAGAGGCUCUUUCUACUAUUGUAUAUGAUUGUUUCUCAUACAUGGAGGGUAUGGCAUGGACAUCUUCUUGAGAAGUCCUCAAAAGAGGUACUUAGAAAGUAAAGUCUAUGCGAUUCUAAUAAUAUUGUGAAGAUGAUUGGAUGAAGUCCAUCAACAUACUCAAGG